AUGUCCUUCUCCUUCGGCACACCGGCCUCCAGCGGAGCUCCCAGUGGAGGUCUCUUCGGUACAUCAGGCAAUGCUUUCGGUUCCAACCAAAAUACCUCCAAGACAGGGACCGGUGGUGGUCUGUUCGGAAAUGUAGGAGCUUCGUCAACGAGCGGCGCUGCGUCGCCCUCGCUGUUUGGAGCUACCUCGACAGCGGGCCAGACCCCGUCACUGUUCGGAAAUGCCGGUGGAUCUAACGCCCCUGCUAGCGGUGGCUCAGGCUUCAGCUUUGGUGGUCAAGGUCAAUCCGGAAGUGGCACCAGUACCUCCCAGUCUCCGUUGUUCGGCGGCACUCAGACUCCUAACAAAACCACGGAGUCCACCGCGCCGGCUCAGACUGCGACUAGUGGGCUCUUCGGAGCGGGGAAGACUGGAGGCAGUUUGUUCGGUAACACAACCUCGACUCCGGCUCCGGCGGGAGGUUCUUUGUUUGGCAACACCUCCACAACCCCUGCUGGCCCUCCCCCGGGAUCCAAAACUCCCAGUUUGUUUGGCGGCAUGAAUGCUGCCCCCGCUUCGAACACUCCUUCGACCGCCGCUUCUUCAACUACCCCGGCCACCUCGCAACCCCAAUCAUCUGGCGGCCUUUUCGGAUCUGGGACCCCCUCUACAGCCGCAAAGCCACUAUUCGGAGCAACCCCUGCCGCUCCGCCUAGCGGGGGCCUAUUUGGCAACGCCAACAAAGACAAGCCGGCCGAGUCGACUACUCCGACCACGGCUGCGGCCAGUACUCCCAAGCCUCUCUUUGGAGCCGCCGCGACCCCGGCUACUGGCGGUGCGCAGAGCGCGCAGACAUCCUCCCUCUUCAAAAUGCCUCCUGCUAGCGGCGACUCUGCUGCUAAGCCCGCGUUUCCUUCUCUCGGAGCUACUCCGGCCACUACGACCGCCGCUUCCCAGCCCUCGGUGGAAACUCCCUCUACAUCCACAGCCACUCCUCAGGCUUCUCUGUUCUCCGGACUUGGAGGUGCGAGCACCACAUCCGCGGCCACGCCGUCGUCCACGCCAGCUGCUGCACCAGCUGGGGGAAGUUUAUUUUCAGCGCUGGGUGCACCCAAGUCAACUCCAUCUACCACUCCUGGCACCACGGCUACUACUAGCACUGCUGCUGCACCUGCCGCUACGCCUGCUGCUCCAGCUGGUGGAUUGUUUGGCAAACCACCCGCCUCUGCGCCAUCUACUCAGCCCGCAGCUCCUGCCGCGGCCACCACUACUGAUCCCAAAGCUAGUACGACCGCAACCACUGGCGCAGCCACAACAACUGCUGGUGCUACGGCUGGUGCGCCUGCACCUUCCGCCCUGGGCCAAUCUACGACAGGCCCUCCUCCCCCAGCUCAGUCGCGCCUGAAGAACAAAACCAUGGACGAAAUCAUUACCCGAUGGGCCACCGAUCUGACCAAGUACCAGAAGGAUUUCCGUGAACAGGCCGAGAAGGUCGCCGAUUGGGACCGGAUGCUGGUGGAGAACGGCACCAAAGUUCAGAAGCUGUACGGUAGCACUGUGGAUGCAGAGCGGGCCACUCAAGAAGUUGAGCGUCAACUGGCAUCAGUAGAGGGCCAACAGGAGGAGCUGGGCUCGUGGCUUGACCGCUACGAACGCGAAGUGGAUGAGAUGGUUUCCAAGCAGGUGGGCCCUGGCGAGUCCCUCCAAGGGCCGGAUCAGGAGCGGGAGAGAACGUACAAAUUGGCCGAGAAGCUUUCGGAGCGGUUGGAUGAAAUGGGCAAGGAUCUCACGAGUAUGAUCGAGGAGGUGAACGGAGCUUGUGCCACCCUGAGCAAAACCAACCGCGCAGACGAACCGAUCUCGCAAAUUGUUCGUAUCCUCAACUCCCAUCUGUCCCAGCUGCAGGUCAUCGACCAAGGUACCUCGGACCUGCAAUCCAAGGUGGCUGGCGCCCAGAAAGCAGGCCAAUCCAUCUCCUCGCGUCUUGGAUAUGGGUAUGGCAGUCCCGGGGUGAAUGGAAAUGCCGCCGACGACUUUUACCGUUCCUACAUGGGACGGCGGUAG